AUGGCUGGAGCAGAGUGGCCCAAGAGCGACGGGGCAGAUGUCAUCUUGGAUGUACAGAGGGAAGUUUAUAUUGAGACCACGGAGAGAACCUGCGUCUAUAAAACAGCGGAGAAGAGUGCAGCAAGCCCACCGUACAUGCAGGUGACAAUUGAAGAUGUGCAAGUUCGGUGUGGGGAGAUGGCAAAGUUUCAUGCUAUUAUUGAAGGAGACCCACAGCCAACCAUUGCAUGGUUUAAGGUCAAGUUCUACUUCAGACAACUUUUAGAAGGGAUUGAAUAUCUCCAUAAGAACAAAGUGCUUCAUUUGGAUAUUAAGCGUUCUCUUAUGAGCUAUAAAUCUGUGCUGGUGAUGAGACCCAUCCCGGAAAUCCUGGAGAAAACUCAAAAGACCACCUCUCUUGGCAUCUCCCGACACCUCCUGGAAGAGAGCAGCUCAUCGAGCACAAGUGGAUCAUCUUCAGACAAUGAGAUUUCGGCCUCCACAGGAAGAAGGCACUUUGGCCCUACGCCAGGACUUCACCUAUCUAUGGUUGAGGGAUCGGAUUACCCAGAAUACCAGGAGUCCAUAACAGAGGCUAAGAAUUCUGAAUCCUCGCUGCCACCGCUGCUUACAAGACCUAAACAGGCUUCAGCGAAGAGGCAGCAGGGUGAUCAGACACGCCAAGAAAGUGAAGAAUUAAUGCCUCGGGGACCAACGUUUGACACAGCUUCUUCGCAAGAUAAAGCUGGUUUACUGGUACCCGGAGAAGGGGAAAUUGAAAGCACUGAAGCAGGAAGAUCCCCUGGAUGCGUCCCCAGACAUAGUGUCAUAAAAAGUACUUUCUACAGCCAGCCUUCUGAGAGUCUUGCCGAUGUGCCUUCAUCACCAGGCAAAGAGCACAGGAAGCAUUUAGAAAGGGCAAAGAGAACCUAUAGGAAAGCCGGUUAUUCAAAAUCAGCUUUAAGUGGCCUCCGUGAGCCCCUUCUAGAGCAGUUCGAAUUGGGAGAGGGAGGAUUGUCUGGGGAGGAAGAAACCGAGUGGGGCAGGGAAGGAGGAGCUGGCCCUCUGAUGACCAAAUCGGCUUCUUUUGACACUGCACAGAAAUCGCCGCGAGUUACUUUUCAAGUUUCCAGCAGAAGCCGGUCCCUGGAUGACUACAAGAUGAGAGCUACAAGCUUUGCUGAGGAGCAGUACAUUGAGGAAGAAGAGAGCGACUUAAUUCCCGAGGGCAGUGCUUUGGAGGCUUGCAGCGAAAAGGGCUCGGAAAAGACUUCUGCACAGGAAGGCUCAAAGAAACUUGUGAAGGGUGAAGUGCCAUUUGCACAACUUGGUGAGAGGCACAGCUCAUCUUUGAUUUCAACACCGCCACCUGAAAAAGGAGAGGGUCUGCUUCAGAAACCAGAACUACCUCUUGCGACAAAAUCGGGAACAUCUACCCAAGGAAGGGAAGAUUUGGUUCUAACUGCUCAGCAGUCAGAUUUAGCCCCAAAGGGUGAAAGUGAGGAAAGGCGAUUACCUCAGACAUUCAAAGCUCCUCUUUGUAAGGACACGGUUCCUAUUCUUCCAAAAGGAGAGAGCUCAGAUUUGAGAGUCACUCCACCAGAAACAGCCCCACUGGUCUCCCAAGACAGCAGGAAGGGGAAAGGCCUCCCUCAUGAUACAAUGCUGUCUUCUGUCCAGGGCAAAGAAGGACCUGCCGUUCUUCAGGGGGCAUUUAAAAGUGGAGACCAGUUGCCUCAAGUUCCUUCUCUUCAAGGUCAGCAAAUUCAACAAGUUGUUAAGACAAAGGGCAAAAGCCCAGGGGUCCUGCAGACUAUGCCAGUGGUGGAAGGCUCUUUGGUUUUACAUCAGAAGCCUUCAGAAGUUCUCCUGGAGAGUAAAAGCUCAAGUCUUCCGGGCUCACGGGCAGCUGGAGGGGAAGAGCAGCAGAUUCUGCCACAGAAACCAUCAGCACCCAGCCAGGCGAAAUCAGCUGCAUUAAAGGGCAAAGGCACAGCUAGUUUAACUAUUUCUCAAGCGAAAGCUGCCCCAGUUUCGAACGCUGAGCCUAAGCAUUCAUACCAAACAUCUCCCAUGCACAGUGAGGUGAAAGUUCCUGUUAGAGAAGGUGAUGUUCCUGCUGGCUUAGAGACUUUGCCUGCUUCUAUAUCAGUCUCUCAUGGAGAAAGCCAGAAGUCCUUCAUUCACAGCAAAGCAGUUCCUGCUCCUGGUGAGAUAAGAGAGCCUUCUCAACAAGCAGAUACCGCCCAAGCAUUGAUCCAUGAGGGGGAACACCAUAAACACCUGCAGCAGAGACAUUUUGCCCCAGGAAAGAGAAAGCUUGAUGCCUUUCCUGGAGAGAGGCAAAUUUUAACAGCUUCACAAGGCAAAGCUAUUCCAAUUUCUCUCUCUGAACCGGAAAAACGAGAACUCAUUGAUCGUACACAACUUGCUUCCAGUGAGGACGAGUCUGUUUUCCAGAAAGACCAAGGGACAUCUGUUUCAGGUUUCUCCCAAGCAAGAGUUGUGCCGUUUUCAGCCUCUGGGGGAGAAAUCCCUGCUACUCAAAAGGAAACCCCAUAUUCCAUUGGACAAGGAAGAACCAGAGGACAUGUUCAUCAUCAGAAACCUGCUAUUUAUAGUGACACAGAGGCUGAAGCCCUGGAGUACUUAGUUGAUGAGAUGGUUUGCCUGUCAAAAGAGAUGACUGCUUUAGCAGAGUCUGUUUCUGAUCCAGAGGGAUCCAGGAGACACAUUUCUCCAUCCAGGGAGGUGUUCUACCCAGGCUCACCUGAGCAAGCAGUAAGACCGGCCACCAGAUACCUUGUUCGGAGAGGAAAAAGAGAAGGGGGAAUUGGCUUAGCAGAUCCCUCAGAAGCAGAUAUUAUAUAUCCUGGAGAAGAAGAGUAUUUCAGUGUGCUACCUUCCAUGGGCAAGAAAGCCAGGAUGUCUCCCCCUUUUGAAGGCAUGGGUUAUGUAGGCGCAGAAAUGCCCAUGGUAUCUCAUUUUGGUAGUUCUGGGUUUGGGGACAGAUUCUCCUAUUACUGUGACAGCCAAAGAAGUGACCAAAUGUGCGAAAUCCGCUUAGUACAGAUUCAGGAUCUCUCAGAGGACUUGCCACGUCCUGAUAGCAAGACAGCAAAAUUUGACAUCUCUGAAGUAGAGCCUGCCUUUCUCAACCUGUAUGAACUCUAUGACAUUGUGUACUUCCCAUUUGAGUUCCUUAGCUUCAGAAAAGCCCCCGAGAAUCUACCCAGCAAAAGAUGUUUGCCUAUGGGCGAAAAAGCAAAGUUGCUACCGGGAUUGAAAUCUCAUGCACAUCAGGAUAAAAAAAUAUGUGCCAGGGAUGAUAACUUGAAAGGUGAGGCUGUACAGGAAGCUCCCAGAGAUGAAGAGAAAACUCCACCUGAUUUGGACAUAGAGCCAAAAGAAGCCAAAGCACCCCGGCUAGGAAAUAGGUCUGAUUCAGAAGGUAACAUACCGUCUGGGUCUCAACAAAUCUAUGGUCUCCUGGAAGACCCAGCCAAACAGCGGAGGAGCUCUUUACAAGACAAAGUGGGGCUCUUCAAGCCCUUUGUCAGAUCUCAGUCCGUGGAGUUGGUAGAGCAAAGUCUAAAGAAGAAGGUAAAAGCAUCCGUCACCCACCUCUCAAGAAUGUUGACGAGAAAGUCGUCUUCUGAUCAGGAAAGCAGGGAAGGCUCAGAGGAGCGGAAGGGUGAGCUACAAGAAAGAGCAUCUUUGACAGAGGCUUCUGGAGGACUGAAAAAGAAAACAGGGUUCCCUUCAUUCACUCUUCCAAGCCUCAAAACAAAGGAGAAAGCGCCUUCUUUUGCUGAAGAGCUCACUGACCAGACCAUUGCCUUGGGGCAGUCUCUGACGCUGUCCUGCCGGACAUCUGCCCAUUCAUCACCCAACAUCGAAUGGUUCAAAGAUGGAGCAGCCAUUCGUAGUACGGACAGGAUCCUGAUCUCCUCUACGCUCAAACACUUCCAGCUUUUAACAAUAUUAGCGGCCACAUCCAAUGAUUUUGGCACUUAUACAUGUGUAGCCACCAACGCCCAGGGCACAGUUUCCACCUCCUGCGUAAUAAGGAAAGCAGAGACACCUUCCAACCCACCGUCUCCUGAUAUUGUUGAGGUUCUUGAAGAUGGAGUCGAGUUGGCCUGGAAGCCUGUGGAACUGAACACCCCCGUUACUUACUCUGUACUAUGCAAAAAAGAUGACGGUGAAUGGAAGACUCUGGCCAGUGACAUCUCGGAGUGCUGCUACACUGCUGAGCAUCUCCCUCGGGGUUUGGUGUUAUCCUUCCGUUUUGCCUGCGUCAGCAAAAGUGGUGUAGGGCCGUAUAGCAACCCAACUGCCAAAGUGAGAAUUGGUGACACAGAUCCAGCAGCAUUCCACUCUGCGGACCCAGAGGACAGCCAAAUGACAGCUCCUGCUCAGCCAACCCACCAGACGUAUGCCUUCCAGACGGAAAUUAAAAGAGGGCGCUUCAGCAUCAUCAAACAGUGCAGAGAAAAGCUCAGUGGAAAUGCUUUGGCUGCCAAGAUCAUUCCCUAUAGGCAAGAAGACAAGGAAGAUGUGCUCCAGGAGUAUCAGAUCCUGAGGAAGCUUCACCACACCAACAUUGGGCAGCUGCAGGGGGCCUACGUGAGCCCACGCCACCUGGUGCUGAUCACAGAACUUUGUGUUGGCCCUGAGCUUCUCAAUGCUUUAGCUGGAAGGUCAUCCUAUUCAGAGGUGGAAGUCAGAGACUAUCUGUGGCAGAUUCUUAGUGCUGUUGAAUACCUCCAUGCUCAGAAUAUCCUGCACUUGGAUCUGAGGUCUGAAAAUAUGAUCAUCACGGAACCAAACCUGCUCAAACUCCUGGACUUUGGCAACGCACAGUUCUAUGAACCCGACAGAAUCAUUACCCUCGAUGGGUGCACGGACUAUGUAGAAACUAUGGCUUCAGAACUCCUGGCAGACAAAGGAGCUGUUCCACAGACAGACAUCUGGGCUGUUGGAGUAACAGCUUUCAUCAUGCUGAGCGCUGAAUACCCAAUCAGCUCUGAGGCUGCCUGUGACUUUGGGAGGCUUGUGAAGAGAGAGAAAAUCAAGUUCAACAAAUGCUAUGCGGGCCUUUCAGGAGGAGCCGUUUCGUUCCUACAAAGCACACUGUCCUCUAAUCCAUGGAGGCGGCCAACAGCAUCUGAAUGCCUUCAGUCUCCAUGGCUGCAGGAAACAGGUUUGGAUGAGAGGCAACAAGCAACAGUUACUUUCUCCACCACUAAACUGAGGAACUUUCUAGCUGAGCGGGAAAGAAAAAGGGCUCUGCUCUGUUCCAAGUAUGGCGUGAUGACCGUGUAGUGAAACACUUUCAGAGAGAAUCACUCUCAGACUUCCAUCUCCACAUGAUCCUACUCACACCUAGGAAUGUUUUAUUAUAAUUUCUGACUUCUGGACUGAAAAGGAAUGGUCACAAGUAGGUGUGAGUCAAAGGAUUGCUGCUCACCUGCAUAUUUAUGUAUCCACAGUAAUCAUAAUCUGUAUUUUCGUGAAUGGAUACCAAGUCGCGGGUCAUGCAUAUCUCUCAUUUAUCCUACAAUAUUGUUUCUCUGAAGAUGUCAUUAUGAAGUGGAACAAUUGUGGUGGGAGGCAAUAAUAAUGGGUUAGAUGAAACAUUAUGGGAAAUUUCCUGUCUCUCAAGAACAGUUCAGUGUUGGAAUCUAUGACUAACGUCUGGAAUCUCCUCCUUUGGUGAUUGUGUACUUGUCAGUUUUGGAUGCUCCAAUCUGAAAAUGUAAGAAAGGCCUUGAAAAAUGUUUUCCAGGGUAACUCAUGGGUUCCUAGGAACACAAUUUUAUAAACUCUCUGAGCUAAGCAGAACACUGGUGCUCAGCAACUAAAGAAGAAGAAGAGAAUGUUGCAAAGCAUACAAUUGAUUUGUCAACAGGAGUCUGUAAAAUAUGAGCAAGCUGUGAUCUUUCGAUGCAACCUCCUUUGGGGCUUGGAGUAAUGUUGGCCAGAAUGACUGUCUAGCUAAGAAACUUGUUUUGACAGUUCAGGAAAUGGAUUUCUUAUUGAAUGUUAUUAUAAUAUAAGCUGUAAUCAAAUCCCCCUCCCAUUUUGCUGUGGAAGCCUGACUUGAUACUGUGCUGCUUCAAACGUCAUUCAAAACCUGUUGUUUUCAACUGAUUGGGUUGUCAGUCUUUAUGGCCUUUAUAGUACUUUGUAUAGCUCUCUAGGUGGCGCUGUGGGUUAAACCACAGAAGCCUAGGGCUUGCCGAUCAGAAGGUCGGCGGUUCGAAGCCCCAUGACGGGGUGAGAUCCCAUUGCUCGGUCCCUGCUCCUGCCAACCUAGCAGUUCGAAAGCACAUCAAAAGUGCAAGUAGAUAAAUAGGUACCGCUCCGGUGGGAAGGUAAACGGUGUUUCCGUGUGCUGCACUGGUUCGCCAGAAGCGGCUUAGUCAUGCUGGCCACAUGACCCGGAAGCUGUAUGCCGGCUCCCUCGGCCAAUAAAGCGAGAUGAGCGCCGCAACCCCAGAGUCGGCCACGACUGGACCUAAUGGUCAGGGGUCCCUUUACCUUUACCUAUAGCUCUCUGUUACAAGCUAUCUGUGCUCUAUUUCAGAGAAACACUAAAGCAGAGCUUUCCAAACAUUUCAUGUUGUUGACACUUUUCAGACAAGCAUCAUUUCACGACACAGUUUUACUAGCAAACUGGAGGUUACACUAACCCCUUUCCAGCCCUAGGAGGAGCGCUGGAAGUCUUCAUGCAACACAGCUACACACUGCAGCUGACACACUAACAUGUUGCAACACACAGUUUGGAAAGCUCUGCAGUAAUGGAACCAUUAGCUUCUUCUCUGUGGUUAACUAACUUCAGAUUUGGUGAGGGUGUCGUUAGUCCCGGAAUGAUAACCUAGCAGAACAAAUAUGGUGAUUGUGACCAGAUAUGUGAGAGAAAUGUGCUAGCCUGCAGGAAUAAUGAAACCUAUCACUGAAACACAGGCGUUAAUCUGCUGUGGGUACAAUAUAAUAAGAUAUGUUAAUGCAGAUCACCUUGUACUUUUUUAGGGAUGCCCAGCAGGUCCACAGAAGUAAUUCUAGCACCCUAUUGGCUAUGAAUCAUUGCUCGAUGAUCCCAUUAAUUAUAAGCAGCUGGAGAGUCAAAGAUGUCACAUAAGUGCAUCAUUUUCGCAUGCAAAGAGUUUUGUCCAUAUAUGAGAAUAUUUCAUAGUCUUAUCUGAGAGUGUAUUUGAGGUCUUUUACUGUAGCACAAGUAGUGGGCUGCAUGCAGC